CCCGCGUUUUUUUUUCUUCAUUGACUCUUGCAGAACGAUCUCGAGGAGGAAUGGUACAAUUUAUUGUAACACCGACCGAAGUGACUGCAAGUGACGUAUGCUCCAGACCAAUUUCUUGGUGGAAUUGGAAUUGAAUGGGGGACCAUCAAGGUUUCCUUCACUCAUAUAAAAGUGAAGCGGGAGGCUCCAAUGUAUCAGUUCUCUUUUGCCAUCGGCUAGUGAUUGAACAGUGGCUGUUGGAAUACGCGGAAAUUGUAAAAAGUAGUGGAAAAAAAGGCUGAAAAGCAGUUUCUUACCAUGUUUAAGUUUGCGAUUUUCUUUGCCCUUCUGGCCCUUGCUGCUGCCCAGCAUGGAUACCACAACAGUCCACAGACCGCUGCCAUCAUCAGUGAACAGAGAUAUUUGUCUGGUGAUGGAAAAUUCGGAGCUGCCUACACACAAGAGGAUGGUAUCAACUUCAAAGAGGAGACUGAUGCUGCUGGCAACAGAGUCGGAAGCUACAGCUAUGUAGAUCCAACUGGCCAGAAGAGAACAAUUUCCUAUACAGCGGGAAAAGAUGGGUUCCGUGCCAGUGGUGAUCACUUGCCUGUAGCCCCAGCUGCCCCGCCACAGCAUGCUCCCCAGCCUCAGUACCAGCCACAGCCAGAGUACCAGCCCCAGCCUUAUCAUCAACCCCAGCCCCAAUAUCACUCUGCCCGCAGCGAUGACUACGAUGAUGGAUCCUACGAUCCUCGUCGCUAUGAGCAGACUCCUGACUACUACCAGGCCCCUGCUCCUGCCCCAGCCUACCACCAUGGAGCUGCUGCCCUGCCUACCCACCCACCACUCCCCACCCACCCACCAAGUGUCCAGCAGCAGAUCCAACAAGCCCACCAGUUCCACCAGAGCAAUCCCCCACACCACCACCACCACCAGCCAGAAUACCACACCACCCCUCCCCCACACCGAUUCCAGCCACCAGGAAAGCUCUCCCUGAACCGUACUCCUGAUGGAUACAGCUACUCUUUUAACAAGGUCUAGAAUAUCACAAAAACACUAUUACUCUAAAUUUUAUCUAUCCUUUCUCCACCGAAGGAUAAGAACAGCUUAAAUCCAGGGCUUAGAACAACCCCAUAUCGAGUGGAUGAGCUUAGAAUUUACCCUUACCUAGUUAGCUAGGUCUGUUUAGCGCUAAACCAGAGUCUCACCAGUUGACUAUGGAGGAUUCCAAGAUUGGAUUCAGCUGUUCUUGUCCUCAGUGCCUCAUUUAAUUUAUGAACCUGAUAUGUAUACUCUAUGAAUCUUCUCACUAACACGCUCUAUUUUCUCCUACCGAUCUUCAUCUAUACACUACCCCUCUAUCAACUCUCCUCUUCUACCUUUCCCAAAUCACCUUUACCCAAAAAGCAGCCGAAUCAAGCAACAUAAUUUUUUUGUGAUAAGAGAUCGUGCAGUUCAAUGGACCAAUAAUGUAUUAAUUAUUGAUAACCUUUGUAUGAUAAGGACUGUGUGUAUGAGGAAAAAGAAAACAUUUAAGAACGUGUAGAGACAAUAAAAAACAUGUGAAAAAAAAGAAAA